AUCGCCGAGGUCCCCAUCAUAGCCAUCGACUGGGUCCAGAUAGACGCCAACUCCUCCGUGCUCCAUGACGAAUUCAUUGCGCACAGGCUGGGUCUCAUCCCGCUCACCAGCGAUGACAUUGUGGAUAAGAUGCAAUAUUCCAGAGACUGCACAUGUGAUGAGUUCUGUCCAGAGUGCUCUGUGGAGUUCACCCUUGACGUCCGGUGUAAUGAAGACCAGACUCGUCACGUCACAUCACGUGAUCUCAUCUCCAACAAUCCCCGGGUCAUACCGGUAACAUCUCGGAGCAGAGACAACGACCCCAAUGACUAUGUGGAGCAGGACGACAUCCUCAUUGUGAAGCUGCGCAAGGGCCAGGAGCUGAGACUGCGAGCUUACGCCAAGAAGGGCUUUGGCAAGGAGCACGCCAAGUGGAACCCCACGGCAGGCGUAGCCUUUGAGUACGACCCGGACAACGCGCUGAGGCACACCGUGUACCCCAAACCAGAGGAGUGGCCCAAGAGUGAGUACUCGGAGAUCGAUGAGGAGGAUGCUCAGGCUCCCUAUGACCCCAACGGGAAGCCAGAGAGGUUUUAUUACAACGUGGAGUCCUGCGGUUCCCUGCGCCCAGAGACCAUUGUUCUCUCUGCACUGUCUGGCCUGAAGAAGAAACUGAGUGACCUCCAGACUCAGCUGAGCCAUGAGAUUCAGAGUGAUGUCCUCACUAUAAAUUGAGGUGGCCCCUUGCGAGAGAGUGCUCAGGCAUGAGUGAUGCAGAAGGUUCCAGCACUCUGGACCGAGGCUUUUGCCUCCCCAUCUCCUUCUGCCUCUCCUGGCCCAGCUCUGCUGGUGGGUGACAUCUCCUCUUUGGCCCCCGUUCCCAGGGAGAGCCAUCGUGAUGCGUAGGGUAAAGCGGGAAG